GCGGGCGGCAGGAAGGGCCAAGGGCUCCAGCGAGCGCACCGCCUUCACCCAGACCCUCCGGGUGGGAGGUCAGGAGCGCGGCGGGCGGGCGGGCAGGGAGCGGCCCUCCGAGCCUCCGCUCCACCUCCAGGCUCCACUCCCCUGGCUGCGAACCGAGCCCUGUGCCCCAUGGCCGGCCCAGCUACCAUGGCCCAUUACAAGGCUGAGCAGGAUGACUGGCUGGUUGUCUACCUGAAGUAUUUACUCUUUAUCUUCAACUUCUUCUUCUGGGUGGGGGGGGCCGCCGUCCUGGCCGUGGGCGUCUGGACGCUGGUGGAGAAGAGCGGCUACCUCAGCGUCCUGGCCUCCAGCACCUUCGCCGCCUCCGCCUACAUCCUCAUCUUCGCGGGCGGCCUUGUCAUGGUGACCGGCUGCCUGGGCUUCGGUGCCGUCAUCCGGGAGGACAGGAGCUGCCUCUCCACGUAUUUCUGCCUGUUGCUGGUGAUCUUCCUCGUGGAGCUGGUGGCGGGGGUCCUGGCCCAUGUGUACUACCAGAGGCUGAGCAAUGAACUGAAGCAGCACAUGACCCGGACGCUGUCUGAGAACUAUGGGCAGCCUGGAGCCAUGGAGAUCACCACCUCCGUCGACCGUCUGCAGCAGGAGUUCAAGUGCUGCGGAAGCAACAGCUCUGCCGACUGGCAGCACAGCGCCUACAUCCUGUCCCAGGAGGCCGAGGGCCGCCGGGUGCCGGACAGCUGCUGCAAGACGGUGGUAGCGCGCUGCGGCCAGAGGGCCCACCCCUCCAACAUCUACAAGGUGGAGGGAGGCUGCAUCACCAAACUGGAACAGUUCCUGGCCAACCACCUGCUGCUCAUGGGAGCAGUGGGCAUCGGGGUGGCCUGCCUGCAGAGACAGGAAGGAAAAUGCCUGGGGCCGGGGGGCCCACUUGAACUUGUAAGGAACAGAGACCUGAGAGGAGUGUGAGUGUGGGCUCAGACCUGCGGAAUGGUUCUCACCUGCUGCUUGCAUCGGAGGCUCCAGCUGCAUGUUCACUAACGGCCCAUCCUGUCCCCCUCCAACCGCCCCCCACAAGGACAGGGGUCCAAAUCCCAUCUGCCAGACCCGCGGAGCCAGCAUAGCUCAUCUAGAAACUCCCAGAAAGUCCGCAUCCCUAGUGCCCACCCUUCAGACCCACCAAGUGCUCAAGACCACGGCUCCUGCGGUUCCCACCAGACGAUGGGAACCCUCCUCUUCUGAGUGCUCACUGCCAGCCCAGGCGGGGACCGGCCCUGCCAGGGGCAGACAGGAGGCUCCCAAGGACCACAGGAAGGUGAGAGAGUUGGACUCUGCUCCCUCCCAGCUCCUGAAAGGACAUUGAAGGACUACAAACCUUGACUCCUCUGGACCAGGCGUUCAGCGUGACCCCGACGGGUGCUGAGCAGCCCUCCUCUCGCCUCUGCCAAGGUUUGGGGGCCUUGCUCUGGCCUCUCGGAGCUGCAUCACGGUGGGCAGUUAGGGGUAUCUCUGCUCCCAGAAGGCCCAGGCCUCUGAUCUGCCCACCCCAAGGCCUUCUCACGGGAGAGGAGUGUCCCCAUGGCCUGGCUCCUUCCUGCAGGGCCUGGGAGUGGAGAGAAUGAGGUGAGGCCUCCGGAAGCUGGAUGCGGGCAGUGGUAGAGGGUGGGGCUUCGGGCGGGGAGCGAGGGGCCUGGGGGCGUAGAGAAGGCAGGCGGGGAGUUGGCCCUACCUGCAUGUGCGGCAGCAGGAGCCUGCACCGCCUGGAGGCCUUCCCCAGGAGAGCCCCAGCCCCCAGGAAUCUCCUGUGUAGGGCCUGAUUCUCAGAACGGCCAGGGUUUUCAACCUUCGGCGGUUAACGUGGGCGAGUGUAAAACUCCUCCCGACUGGACCCAAUCGCAGAGCCUGGAACGCUGGAGCCCCUGAAAAGGUAAAGCUCCAAGUCGAGGGGUGCUCUGCCCUGAACCUCACUUGCCCUGUGUCAGCUCCCUGACCACGGGGCCUCGCUCUGCUCCCGGAGCGAGCAGUCCCUCCCUCCAGUCCCGCCUGGCUGUCUGAAUUGGGCAGGGGAUGCUCAGGAAGAACUUCCCGAUACUGAGGGAGAACAGAAAGCAAAGCCUAGAAAUGCAGUGCAGAUGC